AUGACUCGUGCUAUUCCCAUUCACCCUGCUUACGUUGACUCUGUCAAAGCCCGUGAUGCCGCCCCAUUGCUUCAUCAAAUCGAGGACUUUGAAGCAUUUAACAAGGUUGUGGACGCACACUGUGCUACUUUUAAGGUGCCUGAAGUGAUUGAAGAAGAUCGUAAAGUGGAAUUCAACGGCAAGACUCUCGAUUUGACAUUGCUACGUCCAUUGGGCACCGAGAAGGAGGUGCUUCCUGUUAUCAUCUUUUACCAUGGGGGCGCGUGGGUAAUGGGUUCCAAGUAUACAACUGGCAAAAUUAUUCGCGACUUGUGCAUCAAGAACCAUGCAGCUAUUGUAUUCCCCAAUUAUGCACUUGCUCCCAAGGUCAAAUUCCCUGGCAUUCACGAGGAAUGCUAUUCGGCAUUGGAGUGGGUCCUUGCUCACGGUAAAGAUAGCCUGCUUGACACAUCCAAGAUCGCAACCUGCGGAGAUAGCGCUGGUGGCAAUUUGGCAAUCGCAAUCCCUCUCAUGGCUAAACAACGUGGACUCCCUAAGGAUACGAUCAAGGCCCAAAUCCCAUUGUACCCAGUCACCACCGAUACUCGUGAACAUUCUCCAUCGUAUCAAGAAUUAAGCAAUGGCCAAUACAUCCUCACUCAUGACGAGAUACGAUUCGCUUCAAAGGUUUAUCAUUAUGAUGAUGGCUCUAAUGGUGGUGACGAAAAAUGGAUCUACCCUCUACGAGCCUCUGUUGAUGACUUGCGUGAUCUUCCACCAGCAUUAGUGAUCACAGCUGAAGCUGAUGUCUUGUGUGAUGAAGGUGAAGAGUAUGCACGCAAAUUGGUAGAGGCCGAUGUUAAAACAGCUGCAGUGCGCAUGAUUGGUGCCGUACAUGGAUACAUAACCCUCUCUCAAGUGGACACUCCAGUGUAUCUCCAAACCUUGGCAAUGAUCAAGUAUCACCUCGAUGAAGCGUUUGGUAAAUUGUAA